AUGCUGCUGCGACGAGGUGAAUACUCCUAUAUAACAAGCCCCUCUCCCCGCUCCUAUACAUCCGUCUACCAUAGAACCCAGCUCGAAGCCGAAGGCUUUCACAUUCUACCAUACAAUCCUCUUCAUCCUUCACAAGCAACCGCCAUGGGUCUGUCCGCAAAGGUCUUCGUGGUCCUCCUGCUGCUGCUCGUUGCCACGGAGGAGCAGGGGGGUUCCGUGCAGGUGGCUCUGGCGAGGGAUUGCAAGUCGGAUAGCCACAAGUUCCAUGGGGCGUGCUUCAGCGACACCAACUGCGCGAACGUCUGCCAGACCGAGGGCUUCACCGGCGGCAAGUGCGACGGCAUCCACUGCCACUGCACCAAGGACUGCUAG